UUUUUUAUUUUACUUCCCAAAAAAUCCUUCCGCUUUGAAUAAAAGAAAACCACCUCAUGCACUAUUCUGUGAAGAAAUUGAAGAAAUAGCUUCUUUUACUUCAAAAUGAGCAAGAAGAAAGAGUCUGGAACUGAAGAAGCGGUGUUAACUUACCUUACGAAAAACAACAGGCCUUAUAGUGCAGUUGAUAUUUUUACAAAUUUGCACAAGGAAUUUGGGAAAACAGCAGUGCAAAAAAGCCUAGAAAACCUUGCUACUCAGGGUAAAAUAAAAGAAAAGCUGUAUGGAAAACAAAAAGUAUAUGCUCCAUUACAGGAUCAUUUUGGUGAUUUUAAUGAAAAUGAAAUAAAAACACUAGAUGAUCAAAUAAAUAAACUACAGGCAAAACUCAAGAUUCUACAAGAAACAUACAAGUCCAAUGAGUCUGACCUGAGAAAACUCAAUAAUAGUUUGACCACAGAAGAAGCAACAGAAAAGCUGGCAGAGCUUGUAAAGAAGAUUGAAGGAUAUGAGAAAAGACUUACAAAGAUAAAAUCUGCUGAAAACCAUGUAACUCCCAAAGAAAAAGAUGCUAUCUACAAGAACCACAAGACUGCAGUGACAUUGUGGAGGAAAAGAAAACGAAUGUGUACAGACAUCAUCAAUUCAAUUCUUGAAGGAUAUCCAAAACCAAAGAAACAGCUCAUUGAGGAUGUUGGCCUUGAAACUGAUGAAGAAUAUGGUGCAGUAUUACCAAAAGCAUAGUGUUCUAUAGAUUUAUUAAAGGUUAUAAUUCCCUAGUUGUUUUGAUAUAGGAAGUCAACAUUUGAAGACUUAGAAAAAGUACAAAAAAUGACAUAAAAGUUUUUGUAAGAGUAGGAAACCUAAGGUACACCGGCACCUUCAUGCUUAGUGAGAUACUCAUUGGGAGCUUUGGGAUGCUCCAGUAUGUAAAUAAUAUACUACUAUAUGUAAUAGGACUUCAUGCUGUCCACUUCAGAAAUAUUUGGACAAGGAAAAUUCCGAGGACUGACGAAAUUGGAUGAGGCCGUAGGCCGAGUCCAAUUUGGCAGUCAGAGGAAUUUUUUGAGUCUAAUUAUUAUUUCUUGAUUGGGGAGCAUGAAAUCCCAUUACCGAUUAAUUAUAUAGCUGCCUAAUUAAUCCCAUAUCAACAAGACCUGUCCAAUUAAGAAAAUAAUUAUGAUUGUAACGAAGGAUCUAUAGGUAACAGAAAUAGGAAAGGAAAUGUACGGAAGUGGGGGAAGAGGAUGGUGAUAUAGAUAUUGGUUGGUGAAGUGUUCAAACAAAUGGAUGUAUGACUAGGGAAGGUAACCCUUUCCUAUUUUGUGAGGGUUAUCAUAAAAUUGUCAUUUUGAAGCAUGGGUAAACAUAAAAUUCAUUUUUUUUUCUUCAAAAAAUUUCUAAAAAGUCACCAAACCUUCCCUUGGUUUUCUGAGGAAUAGCUAUCUCUAACUGGGGCAACUUACACCAUGAGUGGAGACAAUCAGAAACCUAGGCUGCAUGAAAGAAUUUGUAAUUUGACCCUGAUUUUACGUGUAAACAACUAGAUAGCCAUCGUCAUUUUCUGGAAAGGCUAUURUUUUCUGCUGCUAACUGAUUGGCUCCACCACCCAAAGUUGAAAUGUAUUGUUUUUACUAUACAAUUUGAUCAGUUCUCCUUGUCCAAAUGGCCACAGUUAUAGUAGUCACACUGUAAUGGAAAGUUAAACCACUGACACUAUGUCGAUGUCUGAUUAUAUUGAUGCCAUUUAAUAUUUAAAAUCAUUUGGUUUUGACACAUAAAAAUAGUUAACUUAAAGAAGUGUUAUGCCUUACAAAAAAGCCCAAGACUAAGUUUAGAAUUUCAUUGAAAUAAAUGAACUUAACAAA